AUGCCCAAAAAUAAAGGAAAAGGUGGGAAAAAUCGUCGGAGGGGUAAGAAUGAGAAUGAUAUUAUGAAGCGAGAAUUAAUAUAUAAAGAACCAGGACAAGAAUAUGCACAGGUAAUAAAAAUGCUUGGGAAUGGCAGGCUGAAUGCAAAUUGUUUUGAUGGAAAACCACGAUUGUGCCAUAUUCGAGGAAAGCUGCGUAAGAAAGUCUGGAUCAACACCGGUGAUAUUAUACUCAUUGGUCUUAGAGAUUAUCAGGAUGACAAAGCUGAUGUUAUCUUGAAAUAUAACCCAGAUGAAGCAAGGAAUUUAAAAGCAUGUGGACAGCUACCUGAAAAUGCGAAGCUCAAUGAAGGUGGAGAUGAUCUUGAUGAGGGAGGAGUAGAAUUCGGUUUGUUAUUUUCAGACACUGGCGCGUUAUCCAACGAAGAAAAUGAUGGAUCUGGUAUUGAAGAUUUCCCCUCAGUAGAGUCUAAUUCGGAGGAAGAGGAUGAAGAAGAAGAAAGUGAAGAUAGUGAUGAUGAAUAUAUCUCAGAAGAGCAUCUGGUAAGAACUUAUAUCAAACCAGGAGCCAGAGAUCGUCCGCAGAGAAAGAAUAAGUGGUAA